AUACCGCUCUUCGAUACAUUCCUUUCAUUUCUAGCCAAAAAUGGCGUGCAACUCCGGAACCUGCCAGUCCGGUUGUUACAGAGAUGACACUUCCAUCGGAGCAGCCGAAUCGCCGCCGGUAGCAAAGAAAAAUGAACCUUUAAACGACGUCGUAAACAGUCGUAGAACCACCGAGCAUUUGGAUAAUUCAAUAUGUAUCAAAUGUAAGGUUAAUACAACCAUCGCCGCCAGCACCGCCGACGUCUCCGUCGUAGACGGCGGUGGUAGUGAUGCCGGAAGAUUCUGUGUAGAUUGCUUCCGUAGUAAUCUAUUUGGGAAGUUUAGACUUGCUGUUACUGCUAAUGCUAUGAUUUCACCGUCGGAUAAUGUACUUGUUGCCUUCUCUGGUGGUACUUGCUCCAGCUGUACUAUCCGGGCCAGUUUUCGCGCACCUCGGCUAAAUACACGGGAUACCUGCCACCUCACACCAGCAGCAGAUACCGAUACCAAGGUGGCUCUGCAGUUUAUACAUGAGAUGCAAACCAAAGCUCAGAAGAACUUUGAUGCCAGUAGAGAUAGAGCGUUACCAGUUUUCGGUGUUGGGGUUGCAUUUAUUGAUGAAAAAACCUGUUCAGCUGUCUCAUCUGGUUACCUUGAUAGAGCUAUUGAGGAGAUGAAACUUAUUGUGUCAGAUUUGGCUCCACCUGUGAAACAAUUUCACGUAGUCCCAACGGAGACAAUUUAUUCGCCUGAAGCUGGUGCAAAAGAUAGACUGAAUGAAUUAAUAAAUGCAGUUAGUGAUAUCACAGGAAAAGAAGAUCUAUUGGAGCAUUUUCGUAUGCUCUCCCUACAAAAGAUAGCUAUUGAGCAUGGAUAUACCAAAGUUCUACUAGGAACGUGUACAUCAAGAAUAGCUUGUCAUGUACUUGAAGCAACUGUCAAGGGGAGAGGUUACUCUUUAGCUGCUGAUAUCCAGUAUGUUGAUGCAAGGUGGAAGAUACCUGUGGUUCUUCCCCUCCGUGAUUGUCCUAUUCAUGAGUUGAACAUGCUUUGCAACCUUGACAGUUUGAUGACUGUAGAAGUUUUUAAUGGAACACGUGCUGGUAUCAAUGGCUUGAUCUCCUCAUUUGUAAAAUUGUUGCAGGAGGAAAACCCUUCCCGGGAAAGCACAAUCAUGAGAACAGCUGGAAAGCUGACACCUUUUCAUUUCAAUAGAAUGCCAGAGGACAAUGACUAUAAUGGUCAGGUAGCAUCUCGAAGGAGGCAAAAGAAAUACAACCUGAAAACUAAAGAUGCCCUUCUUAUCGAGUCAUUCUGUCCUAUUUGCAACAGUCCUCUAAAAGUAUCCAACUUUGAAACUUCGAGUAAUUUUGACAAUGGGAAAACUAGUCCUAAUGGGAUUGGGGCUGCAUGCUGUGCAAGUUGCCAGUUUCAGGUUCUUCCUAAGGACCCCUCAUCUCUGGAGAAUUUCAUUUCUCUCUUGCCACCAUCAAUGGUUUCCCAAGCAGAGGAUGGUGUUCGUUUAAGUCAGAGACAGCUAAGGGAGCAAAUAGAAGACUGCUUGCUCUCAGACAACGAAGAUGGAACAUGAUCCAGCUGAGUACUUUUGCGAAACACUCAACUGCUUGCUGCAUUGAUAUGCAAAUCUUGUUUUGGCUACUAGGAGAGCUACACAAUAGUUUCUUCCUAGUGCAGUGGGCAGCAGGAAAAAAUAGAAGGAUGUACUUACGCGUCUUGAUCUCAUGCUGCUGAGGUUCCUAUUUCCUACUUCUCAAUACAUUAUAUUAUGGCUGAUGUCUACAGAAAAGUUACCUGCUAUCAGAUUCUGUUUUAUAAGCGUGGUGCAAUAUUACAGAAAAAAAUUGAUUACUCCAUGUUGACGAUACACACGUUUCAAUUUUUUCUCCCUUUCCAGUCAUCAAUAUAAGAACUCAAGUGAUGAAACACAGUUUAUGCA